GUCCCAGAAGAUGCCGGGCCAUUCACAAAGCGCAGCGCUUUUCGUGCAUGCGCAGUACACAGUCUCUGGUCAUCCCCUGUACUGUCUGCAGUCUCUUGGUCAUCCCCUGUACUGUCUGCAGUCUCUGGUCAUCUCCUGUACUGUCCGCAGUCUCUGGUCAUCUCCUGUACUGUGUCCGCAGUCUCUGGUCAUCUCCUAUACUGUGUCCGCAGUCUCUGGUCAUCCCCUGUACUAUGCCUGCAGUCUCUGGUCAUCCCCUGUACAGUGUCCGCAGUCUCUGGUCAUCUCCUGUACUGUGUCCGCAGUCUCUGGUCAUUUUCUGUACUAUGUCUGCAGUCCAUUGGUUCAGAAUUAUUUUUUUCUUGUUUUUCACCUCUAA